ACUUGCUCCGGAAGUACUGUUUCGGUAGCCUCUGGUCUUCCGGGGCAGAUGUCGUCGUAGCAGCUGUCGGGAGGGGAAGCCAUUUUUUUUGUUUCUGGGAGGAGUAAGGGAGAAACUGGGAGAAAAGCGAAGGGAAAUAUAUAGAAAAUAAAAGGGCUCAGCCCCUUUCCUCUGAGCUGAAGAUAGGAAGCAGUUUCGGCUGGCGCGUAAGUUCCCGAGGGUCCAGAGAUGUUCUCCCUGUCGAGCACAGUGCAGCCUCAGGUUACAGUUCCUCUCAGUCAUCUCAUCAAUGCCUUCCAUUCACCAAAAAAAAUAUCUGCUUCUGUCAAUACAUCUGUUUCUCCAAAACAGCAUCGAGAUAUAGUUCCUGAGCAUGAAGCUCCCAGUAGUGAGCCUGUGCUUAAUUUAAAGGACCUUGGAUUAUCUGAAUUGAAAAUUGGACAGAUUGAUAAACUGGUAGAAAAUUUACUUCCUGGAUUUUAUAAAGACAAAAGAGUUUCUUCCUGUUGGCAUACAUCUCAUAUCUCGGCACAGUCCUUUUUUGAAAAUAAAUAUGGUCACUUAGAUAUGUUCAGUACAUUACGUUCCUCUAGCUUGUACAGGCAACAUCCAAAAACUCUUCGAAGCAUUUGUUCAGAUCUUCAAUAUUUUCCAGUUUUCAUACAGUCUCGGGGUUUCAAAACUUUGAAAUCAAGGACACGACGUUUGCAGUCUACCUCUGAAAGAUUAGCAGAAGCACAGAAUAUAGCACCAUCAUUUGUGAAGGGGUUUCUUUUGCGGGACAGAGGAACAGAUCUUGAGAGUUUGGACAAACUUAUGAAAACUAAAAACAUACCUGAAGCUCACCAAGAUGCAUUUAAGACUGGCUUUGCAGAGGGCUUUCUCAAAGCUCAAGCUCUUACACAGAAGACCAAUGAUUCCUUAAGGCGAACUCGUCUGAUCCUCUUUGUUUUGCUCCUGUUUGGCAUUUAUGGACUCUUAAAAAAUCCAUUUUUAUCUGUGCGCUUCCGAACAACUACAGGACUUGAUUCUGCAGUAGACCCUGUCCAGAUGAAAAAUGUCACUUUUGAACACGUUAAAGGGGUGGAGGAAGCCAAACAAGAAUUGCAGGAAGUGGUUGAAUUCUUGAAAAAUCCACAGAAGUUUACUGUGCUAGGAGGUAAACUUCCCAAAGGAAUUCUUUUAGUUGGGCCACCAGGAACAGGGAAGACACUUCUUGCCCGAGCUGUGGCAGGAGAAGCUGAUGUUCCUUUUUAUUAUGCGUCUGGAUCAGAAUUCGAUGAGAUGUUUGUUGGUGUAGGAGCCAGCAGGAUCAGAAAUCUUUUUAGAGAAGCAAAAGCAAAUGCGCCUUGUGUUAUAUUCAUUGAUGAAUUAGAUUCUGUUGGUGGGAAGAGAAUUGAAUCUCCAAUGCAUCCAUAUUCAAGGCAGACUAUCAAUCAACUUCUUGCUGAAAUGGAUGGUUUCAAACCCAAUGAAGGAGUAAUCAUUAUAGGUGCCACAAAUUUCCCAGAGGCAUUAGAUAAUGCUUUAAUACGUCCUGGUCGUUUCGAUAUGCAAGUUACAGUUCCAAGGCCAGAUGUGAAGGGUCGGACUGAAAUUUUGAAAUGGUAUCUCAAUAAAAUAAAGUUUGAUAAAUCUGUUGAUCCAGAAAUCAUAGCUCGAGGGACUGUUGGGUUUUCUGGAGCAGAGUUGGAGAAUCUUGUGAACCAGGCUGCAUUAAAGGCAGCAGUUGAUGGAAAAGAAAUGGUUACAAUGAAGGAACUAGAGUUUUCCAAGGAUAAAAUUCUAAUGGGACCAGAAAGAAGAAGUGUGGAAAUUGAUAACAAAAACAAAACUAUAACAGCCUAUCAUGAAUCUGGUCAUGCUAUUAUUGCAUAUUACACAAAGGAUGCCAUGCCAAUCAAUAAAGCUACAAUCAUGCCUCGAGGGCCAACACUUGGACAUGUAUCACUGUUGCCUGAGAAUGACAGAUGGAAUGAAACUAGAGCCCAGCUGCUGGCCCAGAUGGACGUCAGCAUGGGAGGGAGAGUGGCAGAGGAACUCAUAUUUGGAACUGAUCACAUUACAACUGGUGCUUCUAGUGAUUUUGAUAAUGCAACAAAAAUUGCCAAGAGGAUGGUUACCAAAUUUGGAAUGAGUGAAAAGCUUGGAGUUAUGACCUACAGUGAUACAGGAAAGCUAAGUCCUGAAACUCAAUCGGCUAUUGAACAAGAAAUAAGAAUCCUUCUACGGGAGUCAUAUGAACGAGCAAAACAUAUCUUGAAAACACAUGCAAAAGAACAUAAGAACCUGGCAGAAGCAUUGCUGACCUAUGAGACUUUGGAUGCCAAAGAGAUUCAAAUUGUUCUUGAGGGGAAGAAAUUGGAAGUGAGAUGAUAACUCUCUUAUAUUGCUGGUUUUAUCACAAGAAUAUACUUAGUCCUGCAGUCUCCUUUGCAACACUUUCCAACCCCCACUCCUGACUUGGUAUAUGAUUCAAGGAUGUGAAACACUUUGUCACUUUUCUGUCCCAUUAUUUGAUUUUGGUUAUUCCUGUGUUGAUACCAUUGGAGAUCAGUAACCCAUAGCAAAUACACAAAAAGAGCUAAAUAAAGAUAAAUAAAGAGCUGUCAGGAUUAAAGACAGAUUGAAAAAUGUCAAUCAUGUUGAAAGUAAGCAAUCAUUUUGAGCUUGAUUACUCCAAGUGAGUAAAAAAUUGUGCCUUUAUCUACUGGUAAGUAUUUUUUUUUUCCUGCAAGCUAAAUUUGAAAAGCUAUCAUCUUCUGAUAGUAACAUUUCUCUAUGGGGAAAAUAAAUGCCGUGGAUAAAUCAUUUCUACUUAACAUCAGUAGAAAUGCCAUUAAGAUGUACUUAAUUAUGUUCUUGAUUGACCAUGUAAAAUGGCCUUUAAAAGAAGCUAUUUGAAUUGUAAAUAUAAAGAUAUACUCAGAAUUUAAAUGACUGUAAUGGUUUAAAAUUGCAGCAUGUAUGUCCAUUUUCUUUCAGAUAUUACUAUCACUGACAAAAUUUGUUUCAGAACAACAGUAUUUUAUGAAGUAAACAAGUAGCAAAUUAUAUUCUAAACAUCUGUAUAAUUACAUUUAAUCUCAAAACCAAAAUGAAACCAAAACCUCAAUUCCUUUCCAAAAUGAUCUUUCAAUGUCACCUUGUCAGAAUUGGAAGGCUUGUACCAUCUGCACAUUAAAGGGUUACAGGUAAUUUCAUAUUCAAAUCAGUAAACAAUAGUGUGAGUGCAUUGUAUUGGUGUUACAACCAAGUUACAUUCUUGAAGGAACUAUUAAAAUUACAUUCAGUUGUCUUA